UAAUAUAUAAUUUUAUCAUUUAAAUUGGGUCUUUCCAAUAUUUAAAGGAUGGUCCAAAUUAAAAAAUAACACAUGAAAUAAAUAUAAUUUAAUUUAAUAUAAUUUAAUGUUGUAAUACUAUACCUCUAUAUGUUAAAUAUUUUAAUAUUUGUCGAUAUUAAAUUUUAAAAUUAUAAAGAUUUUAUUUUAAGUAACAAAAAUCAUAUUAUCUAAAAAUGAUUAAUAUUUACUACCUUAAACCAAUGAAAACAAAUUUUAAUCAAUAUAGUUUAUUUUAAAGAUUAAACAAAAACUGAAUGUUUAAUUAUUUACUCGAUAAUAUAAAUUUAUGAAAAAACUAAAGUUGACUCGAAUGUAAAUAUUGGAAGCUCCAACUUCUACUUAUAUAUGCUCAAAAGUUCAAAAUAGUAAUGUAUAAAAAUGGGAAUCGCAAAUGUACUACUUUAACGCCUAAAUAUAUGUUCAUACGCAGAAAUCUCGUAGCAAUGCUAAAUUGUCGAUAAAAACAACUAAAAACAGCUCUGUUUUGCUAGCUCCUCAUCAAGACAUCAACCAUAGUUUUGCUUUCUUUGCAAGAAAUCUCUUCAUCUAAGUUACUUUAUCAUCAAGAAACUCUCAUUUUACUAACUUAUUCAUCAAGAAACAUCGACACUUAAAUUUAUUUGCAUUAGAUACUUGUGAUGUGAUUUGAGCAUGGUAGAUGAAAUGAUCCACUUAAAACAUGUAUUUAAAUAAAAUUUAAAUGAUAAAAUUAUAUAUUAAAUGUAACAUGACUUGAAUAUGUCCAUUAAGUUCUUUUAAAAAAAAAAAUCACAUAUGAAUCAAAGUUGUGACUUCUGGUUUAAUAUAUAAGAUUUAUAUAGAUGCCGUGUGUUGUGAACAACCACGAAUUAAGCAAGAAGACAAUAGAGAACAAAAAGUAUUGAGGCAAAUACCCGUUUAGGGUUUCUUAUUAUUGCGUGAACUGAAUAAUCUUAAAAACCCUUAGACUCAUUUUUAUAUCAGCCUCAAAAUCCGAUUUCCUUUAUUUUUUAAGAAUACAUACUUAUCUAGAAAAGUUAAAUUUUCCUAAACCUAAAAGGCAUACCAACCCACUAGUGCUAAACUUUUACUUGUGCACAGAGAUUUAAGACACACAUAUGCAACCGUGAAAACAAGGUACUUGAGAACUCGACUUGUUUCAGUAUUAUAUCCUGUGAGUAUAAUUCAAGAAAGCCUUUCAUUUAAGCAACUUUGCACUGUCAGAUCUCAAAACAUGUCGCACCCAAAUUUUAGCGAAAAAAAAAAUCUGAAAACAUGUGAUGCUUGUUUAUUGGAGACCGCAUCACGGAUCAUUUGUUUAUCCUAUUCUCUAAGAUUUCUCUGGUUCUCUUGCUAUAGAUCAACACACUGUUUUCCAGACAUCUCUGAUAUGAAAUCGAAUAUUUUAGAAUUAGUUAAACAAUAGACUUUUAUCAUGUGUAUAUAAAUCCAGUUCCUUCUUCUUCUCCUCCUCCUCCACCCACUAUCAAACUUCCCUAAUGGCUUCGAUCGGCUUAUUUGAAGCAUCUAUAUCUCUUUUUUGCUUCCUCAUCUUCUAUUACUUCCUCAUCAACAAACAUUAUGGCAACUUGCUCAUUAAGAAAUACCUUCAAAGCUGCCCUUGGAACUGGCCUGUUCUUGGGAUGCUUCCAGCUGUGCUCAUGAGGUUCAAUCGGAUUGAUGAUGCCAUCUAUAUCAUUGAGAAAACCAACUUGACAUUUCUAUUCAAGGGUCCAUGGUUCAGUAGAAUGGAUGCGUUGAUCACCGUUGAUCCAGCUAAUAUACAUCAUAUAUUGACCUCAAAUUUCUCCAACUACGUCAAAGGACCUGAGUUCAAAGAAAUAUUUGAUGUCUAUGGAGAUGCGAUAUUCAACACCGAUGGAGAGCUAUGGAAGAAUCUAAGAAUGUCUUUUCAGGUCAUCCUCCAUCAGCAAGGUUUCCAAAACUUGUCAUUGAGUGUCACAACAAGUAAACUCAAGGACGUGCUUCUUCCUCUAUUCAGUCACUAUUCAGAGGAAGGGACGGUCGUGGACUUGCAGGAUGUGUUCCGGAGAUUCAUGUUCGAUAUAUCCUUAAUUUCAAUUACCGGGUCUGAUCCUCAGUCUCUAUCCAUUGAAAUGCCAGAGGUUGAGUUCGCAAAAGCCUUCGAUAAUGCUGGGGAAGCCAUUUUGUUUAGGCAUGUCAUACCAAAAUUCUUGUGGAAGUUUCAAAGAUGGAUGGGACUGGGUCAAGAGAAGAUGUUGCUAGAAGCCGGUGCAACUUUUGAUCGAAUCUGUGCGAAAUACAUUGAUGCAAAGAGAGAAGAGAUAAGAUCACAAGGGAUCGAUCAUGAUCAUGAUCAUUCCAAUGGAGAAAGUGAAGAUGUUUUAACAUCUUACAUAAAGCUAGAUACAAGCAAGUACGAGCUCUUGGAUCCAAGCAAUGAUAAGUUCAUUGGAGAAACCCUUUUAUCUUUCAUUUUCGCAGGGAGGGAUACCACUGCCACUGCUAUCACUUGGUUUUUCGGACUCCUCACAAAAAACCCUAACGUGGAAGCCAAGAUUCGCCAAGAAAUCAUCACAAAUCUACCGGAAGCUAGUCAAGAGAGGUCAUGGUCGGCUAGUGAUCACAAAGAGUAUUUGAACAAGUUGGUGUAUCUACAUGCAUCACUGUAUGAAGCAAUGAGGCUCUAUCCACCAAUUCCGUUCGAGCGCAAGUCUCCUAUAAAAUCAGAUGUACUUCCAAGUGGACACAAAAUCGAUGCAAACUCUAACAUUAUCAUCCCUAUCUAUGCGUUAGGGAGAAUGAGAUCCGUAUGGGGAGAGGACGCGUGGGAGUUCAAGCCAGAGAGAUGGAUUUCAGAGACUGGAGGGUUGAGACAUGAGCCUUCUUCCAAGUUUUUAGCAUUUAACUCCGGUCCAAGAACUUGUCCUGGUAAGCAUUUAGCUAUGGUGACAAUGAAGACCGUAGUAGUGGAGAUAUUACAAAACUAUGACAUUAAUCUUGUAAAAGGGUAUAAGAUUGAGCCAAAGCCUCGUCUUGCUCUUCAAAUGAAUCAUGGGCUUAGAGUCACGCUUAGUAAGAGAUCUUCGGCUUGAAAUGUUAUCUUUGCUAGAGUUUCUUAAGUAAUCUAUCGGUUAUAGUAUAGCAAGUAAUAAGGUGCGUACGUAUUGUCCAAAUGUACUUGCCUAGUGGUCUUUGCAAGGUUGGUAUAUUUGUGAUUUGAGAAAGUUCACUUCUCUCUUAUUUUUCUUUUGUAUUAAUGAACGCUGAGCUGUUUAUUUCUUAUAUGAAAAUGUAUUGCAUUGUGCCUUAAUAAGAUAUAAAAAUUACUGUCAAUAUCUCGAUGCUACCCGCUGGUUUUGAUUAUAACUACUAUGAUAGUCGAUAUAUAUAUGAGAGGAACUCGUGAGAUGGAUUACUUUAGAUACUUCGUUGUUCUUACAAAGCGCACCUUCUUAAUUAAUUAAAGAAAACCAAAUCACUUACACUCAUAUAAACCUCAUCAGUCUUUGAUUCAUCAACCAUUCAUUUGAGAAAUUUUGAGACUUUCAUGGUUGCUUUUUUUUGGUAACGCGUGAAUUUUAAUUACCUAUGAAAUGACUUGUUAAAACAAUUUCAUCGUGUUACAGAAAAAAAAAACAAUUUCAUCAAAUAUUAUUCAUAUAGGUGAAUAAUAUGAAAAAAAAAG